GAGGAGGGGCAAAAGUUUCUAGGCUCAGCCUCUGUGUGUUUUAGAGAGAAGCUUCAGAAAGGCGUGGGAAACGAGAGAGGAGGCUGUAUUGUGUGGAGGAGAGACAGGACUGCGUGGAAAUGAAGCGUUUAUGGAUUAAAUAAAGAGCCGCACUGCGUCUUUAAGCUGCUUGUGUUCACAGCAAAACAAUGAGGGGAAGAAGAACGUCAGGCCUUUCUCCAACCAGCCCAUAAAAAAACCAUCACUAUCUGAAAGAAGGUAGCCGACUAAGAUCAACCAUCAAAAUGCAAGCUUUCACUCGGACCCCGAUGCAAGUGAGGGGGAGUGAUCGGAUUAGUCCACAGCAGAUUAGUCCAUCCAGUCUGCAACCUGCCUCGACAUCACAGAGUGGAUAUUACGUUGGACAGCAUGCGCCAUUUAAUGCGUAUAAUACUGCGCAUCCUAAUGGAAACUCCUUCAUGUCAUCCUCCCAUCCUAAUUCAACUUCAUCUAAUUUUCAGUCAAGUGCUUGCAGUAGGAAUAACUUGCCAGGCCCACAACAGAUGUUCAGCAGCCAGAGGCCUGGUCCUUCAUCACAGCCUGCAGCCUACCACAGUUUGCAACAACAGCAACAGAUGCAGUUCAGUAAUCAGGUGGCUCCUGGAUUGCAUAAUGGAUGGUAUUCCUGCUCUUCAUCUCAGCCCAAUUCAGACAUUGCAAAUUCACAGCCAAGCCACGGACAGUUCCCUGUGCAGAAUCAGGUGCAUUACAGACCUUCAGGUUCUUCCCAAGCUCCUUGUCCAAAUGUUACUGCUCAUGUUCAACAAGUACCAAUUAAUCAUCAGAAUGUCCCCUCUGCAAACGUAAACUAUUACUCCCAGUCGUCGCAUAUGCCCCACGGUCAAAAUGGCCAAGUCAUGUAUACUUCUACCUCAUUCCCAUCUGCUCCGAACAAUGGCGUCCCUGUGUUGAAGACCAAUCAGACGCAUGUUUUGGUUCCAUUAAGGUAUCAGAAUCAUAGCAGAAUGCAAACCAUGCACCAACCUGCACCUCAGCCUCAGCCACAACAACAAAUGGCAACAAAUGCCAAUCAGGCAGUUCCGACAAUCAACAUUAAUCAAGGUCAAAUGGCCGCAGUACGAAAUGCUGCUUCGUAUGGCUCUACUGCACAGCAGCAGCAGCAUUCUGUAACACAAGUUCCCACGGUGCCUUCCAUGCCCCCACCCUACACAGGUCAACAUGUUUUGGUUAAUCAAGACCAGUUGCCAAAUAGUGUAAAUCCAGUUCAGAACAGCACAACAGAGACUAUAAACCAAAGUCUCUUGCUUGAAAGCGUGCUGCAAUGGUAUGCUCAGAACAGUGCAAAGCAGAACGCAAGUCAAAGCUCAUCAGCAGGCUCUCCUGUGCACAACCCCCAUCCACAGGGUUUUAACAAUGUAUCUCAAGGAGUGCAAACAAGGCAAGCCACACAGCACUGCAAUUCUGUCCCUUUUUCUGACCGUUCCAACAAGAUAAGCCUGCCUUCGUUUCCUGCCAAUCAGUACAACACAGAGCCUCAAGGCCUUCAACCUCAAGCAAACAGAACAAUGGGUGUAUUGUCUACACACUCCCAGAACACAAGGUCUAGCACAUCUCCCUCUGGGGAAGCAUCACAUUCUCCCCAGUCUGGAAACUAUACUAAAGUCACACUCUUGGGUUUACUGCUAGACCAGAAUGGUCAAGUUGGUCAAGUUGGACAAGUUGUCAGGCACGAUGGACAUCCUGUAUCUACCUCAGUUAGGGGACAGCAGCGAACAAUAGCAAACAGAACAAUGGGUGUAUUGUCUACACACUCCCAGAACACAAGGUCUAGCACAUCUCCCUCUGGGGAAGCAUCACAUUCUCCCCAGUCUGGAAACUAUACUAAAGUCACACUCUUGGGUUUACUGCUAGACCAGAAUGGUCAAGUUGGACAAGUUGUCAGGCACAAUGGACAUCCUGUAUCUACCUCAGUUAGUGGACAGCAGCGAACAAUAGCAGGUCACCCUGCAGCUGUGGCAGAAUGCACUCAGGCACAAGCACCUCCCACUGCAGCGUUACACUGUGCUGUUCCACCUAAUGCAAAUGAAAGGGAAGUCCUGAAGGUCAAUCCAUCGACCACCAAGGAUCAAAGCAGUCCAGUCAAUGCCGGUGAACAUGGAAGUCAAUCGAACGCGGCGAGAUUAGAAGGUGCAGAGUUCAACAGAUCGCAGCUGAACUCCAACAUGAGGAGAAGUGAACGGAAGAUGAGCAGGAAGAGGCAAAGGGAGGUGGAGCUCUGCACAAACCCGGCUGACUGUGUAGAGCUAGUAGUAGCACUGCAGAAAGCAGCUCGUCAAGUCCAGAGAGCAGUAGCUGUUGUUCCACCCAUUUCUCAGCAGGCCAACUCUGGGAAAACAACGGAUUAUUCUGAGGAAAUUGAGAGCAAGCAGUCUGAAACAAUUGCACCCAGCUUACCCAAAGAGACCAGCGAGGAGUUGCUUCAGACACAGAACAGUAUUAAACCUGUAAAUGAAUCUACAGUCAGCAUCAGAAACAUUGAAGAACCACUACCUGAAAACCCUACAGCAACUGACGUUCAAAAUGUUGACGGUGCUCAAACUGCUGAAAAUGGACCUAUAGCCAAGUCCCAAAGCCCUAACCAGGUUCAAGCUCAUAUCUCUUCAACUGACUUGACGGCCAAGAGUCCGGAACAACCAAAUGACAAUCAGAGCAAUGUCAGUCCUUGUUCAGAUGAUGCUAUGUAUGAUUUUUCCACUGUUCCAGUACAUGAUUGUACACUCACACUAUUACGCUACUAUAUAGAGUGGCUGUCUAGCACGCAACCUGUAGAUACAGAGAAAGAAAAGGACCUGGCGACAGAUGUUAGUAAGCGUAUUGUCGAUCUCUAUUGGAAUGGGAAUAUAAACAACAUGGGGAAGCAAGUAAGAGAAGCAACGUGGGCAAAGAGUUUACCAAUAUUUGCCUUAAGAAACAAUGAGGAUGUGGUAUUUCUACAUGUUGAACCUCAAAACUUAAAAAGACUGGCAUGCCAUCACAUCAUGGAAGAACAUGAACUUGUCUUGCCAGCUGAGAAGUUCAGGUCCUCAUGGUUGAAUGUUGAAGAAGUUCCACCUGAUAUAGGUAAGGUCCUUGCAGAACCAAUGUCAGACUACGACUUCACAUGGUGCACCGAUUCUUCAGUGUCCAUGUCUGAUGGUACUGAGCUUCCUGUGAACAGUCAUGUCCAGGAUAAUGCUGCUCAAGGCCUGGUGGUGUCCACCCAAGACAUUUCAGAUGUGUUGAACAGUGCCGUGAAUCCUCAACAAGGUGUAGUCCAGGUUGCGUCCCCCGAAGAAGGAAUAUCUAAGAUUACAUCCUCGGAUGGCACUGGUUUGAGUCCACCAGACAGUCUUUUCCAAGAUGGCCGAAAUGAUGUUGCAGACCAGGUUAAGUCCAUUAAAAAGGAAUUAUCUGAGACUCCAUCAAUGGACAUUACUGAGAGUCCUGUAUCUGAAACUGAAUCAUCUAAGACAACCUUAGAGAUUUUUGAGCAGAAGGUUUUAUCAGAUCUGUUCUCCUCAUUCCACAUCCCAGUAUUAGAAUUAGAAUCAAAUGAAGAAAUUGAACCAAAAAUGCGAAUUGAAAACAAGCAAACCCCUACAGAAGUGCCUACCUUUGCAUCACAUUUAAGCAAUACUGAUCAACCAGUUAAAAGUGAUGAUGCCAAUUAUGAGAAAGAAGAUCUUUCAAGUGCAGAUUCCACCAAUGACGACCUAUCAAUGGAUGUCGUACUUCUUUCAACUGACGAUGCAACAGCAAUCUUCAACGUGCAUGAAGAACCCCCAGAGUUGUUCCCAGAGGAAACUAUCAUCUCUAUCAGUCAUGUAGACAACUUGACACAUGACACGACAGAGAUUCGGCCCUCUAGACCACCCAAAUUCGCUUGUCCGCAUGUGACCGACACAAUACAUGAUGGUGACCAUUUCUGCUCCAAGUGUUUGGAGGAAACACCACUGCUCGAUAUAGACCUUGAUGAGUCUCUCUCUGAUGGACCCAAUGUCUCAAAUAGCCCUCUUAAACCAGGCAAUGGGAGCUGUAGUCCAAAUUCUGUGCAGCAAACUGAAGAAAUAAUAAAUCUAUCAAGUCCAGAUUCUAAUGGGUUGAUAAGCCCAAUGUCUGAUUCGUCAGAAGACCCUUUUACAACAGAUGAUCAGACCCAAAUCUCCAGCCCAGAAUCUUGUGAACCACUACUUCUAGAACCAUUCCAGUCUGUAUCCCUAGAAAGUACCAAGCCAGUUUUAGAGGAAAUCAAUGAAAUUGAGAGUUCAGCUGUACUGAAGGUGCACAAAAGUCUUGGACAAACCAAAAAGGCUGAGAAGGUAAAACCUUCUCAGGCCAAUUUUGUUCCUUUACUAAAAUAUAAACAGUUAAAAAAGAACAAUCUUUCCAGAACUAAGCCAAUGCCUACACAAGAUCACCUUUUCACUCCAGAUAUUGUGAUUAAAAAGCAUAGCUCCCAUAAAAAGCAUUCAGACAUUCACAGACCUGCUUCUAGUGGUGAAGACAAGAGUUCCAGAGAGAAAAGCAAUAAAGGAAAAAGAGAAGAAAAGUCUAUUAAACAAUCUGCUCAAACUGAUGCAACAACAUCUUCUGCAAAACCUGAAACGUCAAGUGACCUUAAAGCAGUUCAGAAUAAAAACCUAAUGUCUCAAAAAACAAAGGGGCCAGAAUCGUUUAAAAGGUCAAAUUCUUAUGCAGGUCAAGAUCAGCAGAACAGACAGACCAAACAAACUGUACGAAGACUUUCACUGUAUGGUGCUCGCGAUCGGAGCAGUGGUUUUGUUCACCAGUGCCACGACAGAGAGAGGUCUUCUUCAGCCCCCGUUUACGUCAAAGUAUCUUCUGAAAAGAAGGAGACUGAAAUUAGCAAGAAUUACACUGAUGUGCCUUCAGCAAAGCAAAAGGUCUAUACGCAGUGGUCUAGCUCGUUUGUGCAAAAACAGAAAACCUCUUCACACAAACGCAAAAGGCAGAGCAAAAACGAGCUCAAGAAGGUCAUUGAAAUCCAGAAGAUUGUUAUGAGGGAAAGAUUUAUGUCCAAAUCUGACAAUGAGAAGUCACCAGAAGCCAAGAAGUUGAAAUCCACAGUAAUAGAAGAUUACUUUGGCUGCUGAUUUACUUCCUGGACAGUAUAUGGUUCUGAUACAAAGUGAGAAGCCUAUACUUAUCAAUGCUUAUAUUGUGUAUAUAUAUAUAUAUAUAUAUAUAUAUAUAUAUAUAUAUAUAUAUAUAUAUAUAUAUAUAUAUAUAUAUAUAUAUAUAUAUAUAUAUAUAUAUAGUGACUUCAGUGUCAUUCUAAGUACUGUAAUUUACUAGAUAUUUUCGUUGGUCAUAUGUUCAAAAAGUCAAUGUUAAAUCUAUAUUUUACUUUGUGUUUUCUGAAUCCAGCUGGAUUGGUUUUAUUCAGUAUUAAAGUUCUUCUCUUACUCUAUUUUUCUCUACUGUACUUCAGAAGGCAGCUGUUUGUUUGUUGGUUGUUUUUUUUUUCUUUUUUUCAUGUAAUAUAUUGUAUUUUGCAUGUGAAUUAGCAUUAAAUACAUGUUUUUUUUUUUGUUGUUUUUAAAGCUAUGGGAGAAUCGGGACGGGUUGCCGAGUUUCCUCUGUCUCCUUUUUGCUGCCAUGUUGUUAAUAGUGUUAUUGAUCUCUGUAUGUGAAUCACUUUUGUUUUUGUAUUGUUUUUGUCAGAUUUGUAACAAUAUAUUUUAUACUUUUUUAUAAAAUCA